AGGGGGCUCUUAAUCAAGAAAUGCUAGCUGCUCUAACUCCGAUAUGAUGAGGCGGCAACAGAACGCACGGGUUGAUACGGGAGACGGCCAAUGGCGGCGUCGCUCCGUGGGCUUCCGUCCAAACAACGACGGGCACGGAUUCCUCGGCUUCCAUGUCACGCACCACGCCGAGAUCAGCUAUAAGGUGUCACGAACGGUGUUUCCCAAUCUCAAGACGAAGCGGAAGGAACGGCAACGACAAGAGGGACUCCUAUGCGAUUUGCGAUUCUUGAGGCAGCGCCCUUCUUUCCUUUUCUCACCCCUUCGAUUUCGGGUUACUCUGGAGUCGAGCAAAUGGAGAUCAAGAAUCAAGGACAUCUCCAAAUCCAUCGACAUCGAAAUGGGUAUUAUUCCUUGAUGGGCUCCCUAAUCGUUGACAUCAGAUCGGACGCUGUAGCUGAAGCUUGCUUGGGUCGCGCUCGGCCCUGGAUUUGAUACCGGGUCCCGUCGGUGGAUCCUACGGGCAUGCAAUCGGAAGCAAUUGCAGAUGAGGCGUCGAAAACGACGUCGAAGAAAAGCGGAGAAUUAAAGGGGAAGUUCUGACAGAUUCCCAUCUUUCCGAUUUGUCGAUGCUUCUCCGUGGUCAUGGAUGCUUAUCCUCCAUCUCGUCUUGGCGCAUUUCCUCUCCCCACGGGGCGUGCGUGGGUGCGUGAUGCGCUGAGUUGGACGGUGGGGAUGCGGUGGUUCCCUUGACAUCGACCGCCUCCUUCGAACCCUCCGUCCAAAAUCCAAGCUUGCCUUCCUCUUCCGUUGAAUAGGGUGGCUGGGGUCCACGAGCGCCUAAUGUGGCGGCGGGAUUGGGCCGCCCUGCGAUAAGGGUCCCCGCCUGGAUUCGCCGUCGCACUCAUCCUACCUUCAUCUCUUUUGAGGGUCGUGCUGCCUACGUAAACCCCACCAUCCGUAGCACCGAAACCAGCCUCUGAGAACCAGAAGGCCAUCAUUGAUACUGUGGCCGGCAAAAGUGGUCGGAUGAGUCGCUCGAUGCCGAAGUCCUAUUUUCUCCUCCUCCUCCUCCUCCUGCGGAUACUGUGACUGCUGCUCACCAGCGUUGAAUCCGGUAGCUUGAAUAGCCUUAAACAACUCAGAUGGAUCGAGGGACAUGGGUGGAGAAUUUAAAUACUGAUUGCCUGACCAUACUUGUUUAGACAGAUUUAUAAUGGCUUCAGUUCCUAUAUGUUCUCCACUGUCCUGUAAGGACCAGAUUCAAGUUGCUAAGAAAGUACUCAUGCAGAUUGGAAGAGACUCGGUCAGCUCUUGUCUUUCAUGUCACAAGAUGUGCUUAUCGUCUUGUAGCGCCUGUCGAAUUGGAAAAAGGCAUACUGUAUAUCAUAUAGCAGAGAUACCUUUAAAAGGAAAGAGUGGGGAAAGAUCAAAUUCAUUUUGUGUGUUUAAUCUUUUCCCUUUGCCAUAUAGAAGUUCCAAAGAAGUGCCGACUCUCAAGUUUUACAGCAUGGGCAUCCGAGGGAAGUCUACUUCUGGAGGGGGACAUCAGAGGGACAAACAUGGCUCAAAUUCCUCCGGAACUCCAGCAGCUAGCAUUGAGAAGCAACUUAAGACACUGGAUGCUUAUUUUAGCAAGCUUCAGAAUGACAUGAACAAGCAGCUUAACUCUUGCACAUCUGCAAGUGAUUCUGAAACUCUUCACAGCAGAAGGCAGGAUAUGAUAAAUUCUUCCUCAGAAUCUAUCGGCAAAGUUACGGAAAACAUCGAUGCAACUGAUGAUUAUAAAGCAGAGACUGGUUUAAAUUCAUUGGAGAACUAUUUCAGCCAAUUAUCUGACACAAAAAAGAGCAGGUUGCCUGAUUCUCCUGCAGAUGCAUCAGAAGGAAAUCCUGUAAAAAUACCAAUCUCUGCCAUGAGAAAAACCAACAAAAAAGAAGAUGCGAUUGUGGAACAGUAUACAUUUAAGGAUGAAGGGAGUACGGAUGAUAGAACUGACUCACUUCUGUUUGGUAAAGUUAAUACACCAAGUAUAUCAACAGAUGAUGAAGCUUCUGGUCUUUAUCUAAUAAGCUUAUUAGCUGCGAUAAAUAUUGCUGUUUUCUUAUUUGAAAUAGCAAGUCCAGUUAGUUCAGAGGUAGAGCACUUGUCGCUUCCUCUGAUCUAUGGAGCAAAGAUAAACAAGUUGAUUCUUCUCGGGGAGUGGUGGAGACUAUUAACACCAAUGUUUCUGCACUCAGGAUUUCUGCAUGUUGCUCUUGGCUGCUGGGUUCUUCUUACAUUGGGAACCGAAGUUUGUAAAGGCUAUGGCCCAUUUGCCUUUUUCCUGAUUUACAUACUUGGAGGAAUUUGUGGCAAUUUGACAAGCUUUCUUCACACUCCUGAGUUAACUGUUUGUGGUACGGGUCCGGUGUUUGCCAUACUCGGAGCAUGGCUUGUCUACCAAAUCCAAAAUAAAGAUGUUACAUCAAAGGAGAUUUCACAAAGUAUGUUUUGGCAGGCCGUGGCCGCUACUGUUCUGAGCUUUGUUUUGAGCAGCUUUGGGAGAGUCGACAACUGGGCGCAUCUUAGUGCUGCCGUCUCAGGUGUUAUCUUCGGGUUCCUUACAUGUCCGAGCGUUCAAUUCGAUGAUGCAUCCGCGAAGAGCAGUCAGAAAGAGGGCAUCGCUCUCGUUCAGAGGCAGGCCGAUCCAUGCAAGUCGUUUGCUACGUUUACCGUCUCCAUUCUUGUGUUGGCCUCCUUGUUUUUUCUGUAUGCGCCGGAGCUUCAGCUGUUGGAAUGGGAGAGCUUGUAGCGACGGUUCAAACAAAGAUAACAAGAUCAACCGGAACUGGCGCUCGUGCUCCUCAUUUUUUACGUGAAACUGUCGCAAGAUAUAUUUCUGGACACCACAUAGUGAUGGGAAGUACAGAGCUAAAAGCUCCUGCUGUUGCAGUAGGAAGCUAGCAGAUGAUGAUCCGACGACACUUGUGUUCUAUCAUCAAAGCAUAUGCCAUUUCCCUUUCUUGAUC